AUGUGCCGAACACUUUGUUCAGUUAGAUUAUGCAGGUGGACGCGGUGUUAAACGCACACUAGUGUGCAGUUUGAUUGCGUUAUAUACGAUUGAGAAGCCGAUGCAAACGUCCGGGCGCCCUUGGCUUGGGCUUCAAUUACACCGAUGUACUGAACUGCACUGACGGACAAUUUGGGCAGGGCACCCCACAAGUUACGGAAAAAGAAACAAAAUUUGUCAAGUCCUUUUACGCUGAGUGGUGGCUGCCACGAUAGCACUGGAUGUAUUUGGCUGAUUCAGAAUGACUCGUCCAUAUUCUAAUAAUAACAUCGCUCCUAAGGAAUCUACUAAGUGAUGUAGUGUAAGUGAUCUGCCCUGAAACAAUUACACUCACACAGAACAGAAAAGAUACACUCAGACAUAACAGAAAAGAAAGAAAGAAAGAAAGAAAGAAAGAAAGAAAGAAAGAAAGAAAGAAAGAAAGAUGUCGCUUCCGCGGUCUCCGAGGCACAGCCGCUAGACCAUCCGCCAAGUUCAGGUGCUGGCAGCUCUCGGGUCACCUGGCCACAGUCCCGCGAUUUUUUGCACUGAAGUUCCAGUUAAUACCGGGAAUCCGGCUGGCACCCGCGUCAGCCAGCGUGUCGAAGCAACGAAGAGAAAGUGAAAGUGGAGCUCUUAAACGGCGUUGCCUGCUUUUAUCUUCACCCAGAACCAUGUCGAGAGGCUCCAGCGCCGGUUUUGACCGGCACAUCACCAUUUUCUCUCCCGAAGGGAGGCUAUACCAAGUAGAAUAUGCCUUCAAAGCAAUUACUCAGAGUGGCCUGACAACAGUGGCUGUGCGUGGAAAAGACUGUGUUGUGGCUGUGACGCAGAAAAAAGUUCCGGACAAGCUGCUGGACCCAAGCACACUCACCAACAUGUUUCAGCUCACCAGCCGCAUCGGUUGUGUAAUGACUGGGAUGACAGCUGACAGCCGCUCCCAGGUACAAAGAGCUCGAUAUGAAGCUGCAGAGUUUAAAUACAAAUAUGGAUAUGAGAUUCCAGCUGACAUACUUUGCAAGCGCAUGGCCGACAUUUCACAAGUUUAUACACAGAAUGCUGAAAUGAGGCCACUGGGUUGCAGUAUGAUUCUCCUAGCUAUUGAUAACGAAGUUGGUCCUAUGCUUCUGAAGUGUGACCCAGCUGGCUACUACUGUGGGUACAAGGCGACUAGUGUAGGUGUGAAGCAGACUGAAGCCAAUGGCUAUCUUGAGAAGAAAAUGCGCAAAAAAAUGAAUUUGACCUUUAAUACCACAGUUGAGCUUGCAAUAAUGUGCCUGUCUUCUGUCCUUUCACUGGACUUUAAGUCAAGCGAGAUUGAAGUUGCUGUCGUCACUAGAGACAAACCAAAAUUCAGGAUACUGACUGAAGAUAAAAUUGAAAGCCAUUUGGUGGCGAUUGCUGAACGGGAGUAGAGAUUCUGUCAUUUCCAAAUUUUACCUGACUGAAAAUAAAACAAUACAACAAUAGUA